GUUUGGUUGUUCAGGUGAAACAAUGCUGGCCAAGACAUAUCUUACGAGACAUCCCCUUGUUUUGAGGUGCUUCUCAUCAGCUACUUCAAAGACGCUUAAGGUGGGAGAUGUUUUGAGAGAAGCAAGAGUGUUCUCAAGUGAAGAUGUUAAGGGCUAUGCUGAGGUGAGCCAUGAUUGGAUUUGGAACCCUGAUCAAGACUCUGCUCGUAAAGCCGGAUUCGAGAAUCCUCUUGUCCAUGGGAUGCUUGUGUCUUCUAUGUUUCCUCAUAUCAUCUCUUCCCAUUUCCCUGGAGCAGUAUACGUAUCUCAAACUCUGCAUCGAGAAAGUAGCCAAAAACUGAUACUGGUUACAUUGUAUUUUGUCUAAAAAAUUAAGAAAGGUAUUAAACUUUUCACCUUCCAUCUCCGUAUGUGAUUGUGUGACUAACAAACAUGGAGUUAUGAGGCGAAGGAAGAGAGGCUGAUGGUGAUAAAGAGCUUCUUGAAGUGAAGGCUGCUUCCAGCAAAACCGUCAUAUCAAUACCCUCUUCAGAGUAUUCAAGUCCCAUUCUUAUAUCUAUAGCAUCAAGCAGAUAAUCACUUCUACAGCAAUCACAAACCCAUUUGAUCAAAUGCAUUUUCUCAGCUGGAAUCUUGUGAUCUAGCGGUCUCCUUCCACAGGUUACUUCAAGCAUGAAAGCACCAAACGCAUAAACAUUGGUUCUUGUGGAAGUUCCCACUGUUGUUAGCUCAGGUGCCAUGUGACCCAUUGUUCCUAUAGCAGCCGUUGCGGGUAGCUAAGAGCAGAGGCGAUAUCCUUCAGAAUCACAAACCUCUGUGGCCAUGAGAGAGGUGGGUUUCCUCUGUGGAACAAGUACCGGUCAAGACUUCUUCAGUGACCAGAAGAAGCUCUCCUUUCCUUCUGUAGUAUCCAAGAAGAGGAACCAAGUUUCUGUGCUUUAGACUUCCCAUAGUCAUUACUUCAGGAAAAUAAUGAAUUCCCCUGUCCCGUAUAAAUUUUUAUACUAGAUUUUAUUAAUCUAUUAAUCUACUGUCUAACAGCCGUCGAUUCAAUAACCUAAUGGUUUGAAGAAAUGAUGUGAAGGUGGUCUGAUUCACUGUUCGGGUCAGUAAAGUUUGUUAGCACCAGCCACCAGGAAUACAAAUAAUUUCGAACCUAUAUUCACAUCAUUUACAAAUAACGAAACUUUACUAACCCGAACAGUAAAGCAUGUGAAUGCAUGAUAUGUUUGCAUAUUUACGAAGAUAUUUCAUUCUAAAUGAUUUAUAUUGAUAGAUUUAACAUGCACGCAUAUAUAUUUUUCCUUUAUUCGGAACGUAUGAACCAGACCAUAUGUUACAACAAGCAUAAACACAACAAUGUGCACUCCCAAGUCCCAAGUGCCAACUUUCAAGUAAUGUCUUAAUCAAAUAAAUAUGCUAACAUAUCAUGCAUCCACAUGCUGAUCAUCUUAGGCCACAACCGGGUACAAUGGCAUUGAUGUAAUACCUGCAAUUAAACAACGAAUCAG